GUAGUGAUGACGUAGUGGUGCGCCUCGGUUCAUUCAAGCCCGAGGAACUGGAGUGGUUAGCUUCGCCCUAAACGCUCUUUUCGGUGGUAAUAACAGUAAGUAUUUAUCGUUUUUCCAGAGAGGCAACAAUUUCAUUAUUGAAAUGUAACCCUUUUUUCGUAUUUGUGCUUAUAAAUGCAGAAGAGGAAGAUACAAGUCAGUUAUUUCACUCCAGGCUGGUCGCUAGCUUACCUGCACUGUUGAUGCACCUGGAUCCACAAUUGGUGGUCCAGAUUUGUUGAUCUGGUCUUUAACCUUAUUUGUUUCUCAUUAUUAAAGGUGUCUACAGAGAUGUCUCAACAGACGCCACAGACGGUCCCCUCUGCCCCGGACUCCCCUGCUCUUGUUGUCACCAGUAAUGUGCAGAAAUACGCCAUAAAGAAGAAGAAAGUCCUGAGUGCUGAAGAGAUGGAGCUGUUUGAGCUGACCCAGGCUGCAGGCAUCACAGUCGACCAGGAGGUCUUCAAGUCAGUGAUGCAAACAACACAAUAGAGUUAAGUACAUUUUUCAGCCUACACAUUCAGAGGAAGAUCCUGAUUUCAUAUUCCUCCUCUGUCUUUCUCAUUCCUCAGGAUCAUUGUAGACCUUUUAAAGAUGAACGUGGCUCCUCAGGCGGUUUUCCAGACCCUGAAGGCGAUGUGUGCCGGUCAGAGGGUGGCUGAGAGCUGUGGAGGAUCAGAGUCUACAAGUGCACCUCAUACAACCAGCAUUACAACAGCCCCGACAGAGGCCAGAGGUCAGUGUGUCUGUAGAAACAACUUACAUGUUUUAGCUAAAAUUACAGUUCAAAGAAUAAACAUAGAAAGUGAAUAAAAUAUAGAUUAUUAGUAAUAAACAUAAUCACUGUAUUUCACUGAGUUGCAGCAUUGAGAGUCAAAACCAUGAGGUGCAUUUAAUCACAUUAAUUUGAUGCUCAAGUCAGGACACUAAUAAGAAUCACGUUACGUUUUCAAUAUGUACUCAAAGACUACUACGAAAUGCAGAUUAAUGCUAUUUUCAACAUGAAAUUCAGAGUCUGAUUGAUUAUGAUUAACUGCUGAAGUUCUAUAAAAAGUUGUGGUUUGAAUUGAUGUUUGACAGCCCUGUUUUUUAGUGAGUGGUGGACUUUAGAAGUCACUUAAGCUCUGCUUUACAAAGUUUUACACUCAGUUCUAUAAUAGAGGUGAUUAAGCAGUGGGAUUCCUGUUUCUGUUCAUAAGUAAAGCAUCCAUCUAUGUCAGGGGGUUAGAGCUGACUGUGAUUCUUUGCAAUGACAAGGAGGAAUGUCUGGUUAAAAAAAGGUGUAAUUUUUUUUCCUAUUUUUCACCUUAAAAUGUCUAUAAGAAGUCCAUGGCUGUUGUUAAAAACUGUAGGAAAAGUAAAAAAAAAAUUGUGUAGUUCAGAUUUCACAGACAAAUCUGACAAGUGUCAUCACAUGUUGGAUUAGAUUAGAUUAGGUUAGAUUUUUCUUUAUUCAUCCCUCAGUGGGGAAAUUAAAUUGUUAACAGUAGCGGUACACACAACAUACACAUUCAUACUGGGCACAAAAAACAAAUAAAUAAGAUAAAAGAACUACAGUGAAAAAAAGAAAGAGCAGUGCAAGGGAAGAACAGUAUUCAAGACAAGUAUAAGAAAAAUAUAAAAGGGAACUAAGCGCCGUCUCGUGCAGAUUAUGGGGGGGGGGGGGGGCUGGCGAGCAUUACAGUCAACCUCAAAUUAUUGAUAAACCAGAGCUGGGGUCAGUCCUUAGAUUUUGCCAGCUUAAUUCUGUUUCAGCUGACAAACUUAGUCACCAUCAUGUCAGGCAUCAGCCAACUCUGACAGCGUUCACGGCUCCUCCUGCUGUCCGAGUCAGAGUGUCUCGGCUAAAGUGUUGCUUUUCUUCUGUAAGAUGUCUCUAUAACUCGGCUGGUUGUGUUAAGAAAGUUCUGAUAAAAGAUUUAACAGAGAAGCAAAGACAUAAAAAGGAGGAGAAUUUCACACUGGAGAACUGUUUCCAAAAAACAAGUAGAACAAGAUUCACAGUCGACAGUGUGUGCUGGUGUGUGAAAGUCUUUGAAAAGAGCUCAAGGUCUGCAGUGCCUCGACUCAAAGCUCUUCUUAAAUAAGUGAAGAAAAUUCCACAAAUUUCAGAAACUUCUAACAGAUUUAACUUUUUAACUUUUCCUAUUUUUCUUUUUUUUGUGCCUCUUGCUUCCUGCUUCUCCUUUCAAGCAUGUAAAAAGUUCUUCUUAAGCACUCUACAGACUUAGUCUAUGUUCUGCACUCUGCACCUCAGUACAAGCAGCACUCCUCUCUAGCUGCACCUCAUCCACACUUCACUUGUUAGUCUCUUCUAAGUUGAAGACCACAGAUAUAGUCUGACCAGUCUGUAAAUCCACUAUGUGCAUGUCAGCGUGCUUUCUGUUUCUCUUCUAUCCUCCUGAAAUUUGAUUUUCUCUGCACUUCUUUCUUUCCUGAAGAAGAGGACUCUUUGGUCUCUGGAAAGAGCCCUAAGCUUUCUGCAGCUCCCCCCGCAGCCUCUGGCCCCAGAGCCACGCGGGUCAACACUAAGAUUGUGGUCUACGGCCCCCAAGACUCUAGCCCUGCUCACACUCAAGGUCCCCUCUGCUGCACUGUGUCCCGAAUCCAUCCGUCUGUCUGCUUGCCUUUCUUUUACUCUGAAUGUUUGUCAGGAACACAGAUGUGUCUAAAAUAGAUGCUGCUCAUUCCUCAUCUCACUCUGGUUGCCAAGUGGAAACUGUGUGUAUAUAUGCAUGUACGUGUGAACAUGCAUGUGUGUGUUGGGUAGAGAGAUGAGUGUUAAAACAUUGUCUGCAUAAUUUAUUUUCGUGAAAGUUUAAAUUUGCCACAAAGACAGAGAGUUAUCCCAAAGUGUAGGAAUAACCAGGGCAAACAGAGGACAUAAACAUCGAAACUGUGAGCUGCAAAAGGAAAAUGUGUGAAUGAUCUGAUCUUGUUAAAAAUAGGAACUUAAGACACAUUUUAAUGUUAGAAGAUUUUACAAAUGUGAUUCAGAAAGAGGUCAAAUGUGGUGUAAAUGUUCAUAAAAACAGAAUUUGAUGGUUUAUUGAAUUAAAUUUAGAGCAAAGACAACACACAGAUGUUAAAACCCCCAAAAUAUGAAAAAUAUUUUACACCUGAUGUCAGCAACAAAUAAAAAAGAAUAAUUCUGGGAUAGGAGCAUGUCCUCGGUUGUGCUGCAUCCCCUCUGUAUUUAAUAAGACUGUAAAUGUUUGUGAACUGAGGAGAACCAGUUUUUGAGCUUUUGAAAAUCAAAUAUUGUCCCCUGAUUCUUGACUAAUAUUUGAUUUUCAAAUGAUUCUAGAUGCUAGAAUCCAGAUCCGAGGGAAUUUAGGGUGACAAGUCAGGUCAUGUUUGUAUAUAAAGUGCAGUUCUAGCCUGCCUCUGUGAAUAGCAACAUAUUGUGUCCAAUGCCACAGGUUUUUGGAUGUGAUUUUGAAGCCAUGCAGUGAUUUCCACUACAGAGCCAUGCCUGUAUUUGAUUAAGUGCGGCAACAAACUGUGUUUACAUUUUGGAGAUGUCCCAACAGGUGUUAUUUUUUAAGCAUUUCACAACUUUUUUAGUGUUUAUUGUCCCAGCUCAAACUUUUUAACAUGUGUUGUUGGCACCAGAUUUAAAAACAAAGAUAUUUAUUUUUAAACACAGAAGACAUUAAUUUACAAUCGGGACUAAAAUAAGACAGUGGGGGCUGUCACUGUUUUAAUCAUUCACAUUCUUGCUUUAAGUCCAUUCAGACACAGAAUAAUAAAAGCUCAUAGGAACAUAAAAUGUUAUGACAAAAAGGUGAGAAAUUGAAACCAUCUGUUUUGAUUUUUUUUUUUUCAUGUCUUCUCCUCGACAUGGCACCUCUCCAUGCUCCACUCCACCGCCUCAUUGUCUGGAGUACGUUCAACCCCAGUCCUGAUAACUCGGUGUCUGUCUCACCUUUAACUUGCUGCAUUUUCUUCGUUUUGUGCCGGCAGUGCGCAGUAAAGCCGGAGCGAGUCACAGCGAGAAGAGCAGAGAGGCCUCCAGUCAGCGAGUGCAGCGGCAGCCCAGCGCCACAAGGGGGCAGAAGACAAAGAGCUCUGGCAGCAGUAGUUCCUCCUCACAGAUUAACUCGACAUAAAACUCAGGUUAAUGUGACACUGUUUGUAAAUAUAUUGUCCGCACAUCUAAUUUAUCUCUUUGUUUACUGUGUCUGAUAAUUUUUGAGGUUAGAAAAACAAAACAAAACACACUCUCAUCGUGAUUAGAGGUGCUUUCUUUCUUUUCUCAUGGUUGUGUUAUAACUGCGGCCUUUAUUUUUAUACUAAGAGUUGGAGAAAACAAUUGCUGGUGCUGAAACUAUCCACAUGACUCUCUUUCACACAUGCACCAAACUCCUAAAAGUUUCCCUGAAGUUUUUUGACAUGAGCUGCAUGUUUGAAUGCAAACUUUUCCCCUUGACUUUGAGUAGAUUUUCUCCUGCUAACCCCAAAAAAGUGACGUGUUAACACAGCAGGAAAAUAUUCAAGAGAUUAAAGAUGAAUGAGAGGACAGCGGGUGAUCUGGUUUACAUCACAUGAGCUGUGUGAUUUGCGUAACUGCUACUCUCCUGCACACCAGAGUGUUGUUUUCUUCUCAUUUGCAUUGAUAACAACCAUCUUGAAUAUCUUGUAAACAUUACACAGGCACUAUUGGGAUAUACUUUUGCGUCAUAUCCCACCUCCCAAGACCUGCUGCACUUUUGUUCAACAGGGAAACUUUGCACUCCGAGGGAUUUGUGUGAAUACCAACUGUAGAAAAAGUUCACUGCAGGCUGGGCCUGAAAUUCUCAGACGGGAUUUUAUUUACAUGUAAAAGUUUUCAGAGUAAAUCUAUAAGCGGCACUUGUUUUCAAGGACUCAUGAAUACACCGAUAAUUAUAAACUUGACACUGAUUAAAAGUUAAAAACGGUGAAUCUCCUCCAAAUCAUCAAAAAAAUCUUCCCAAAGUGUCUAAGCAGAUCUGCAGAGAUUUAUCCAAGACAAACUUCAAUGGUAUCUUAGAGAAUUUGAUUCUAAAUCUAUACAUCACACACAUCCUGUGUGUUCAGAUUUCUUCAAAAGGAAGUCUGAUUUUCGGGCCAAAUGUGCCGAUAAAGGUUUUAAAGCACCUUCACCUUCUUCUUCUUCAGCUUCGCUUCACCUCUUCACACGCUCUGUUCAUUUCUUCCUCACAUCUGAAGAACUUGCAUCCUGGAUAAUCGACAGGCCUCACCUUGAGCAGCUUUCUGAAGAACGGUUUCUUUGCUUCGAGUGGAGAAGUUCAAAGCUCAAGGCGACAAAGACAACGGCAACGGCUCAAAGCGGUGUCUGCGACUCUGAGGAGAUCGUAACAUCAAACCCUCAAAAAGAAAAGAAAAGUAAGAGUUGUACUGUUCCAGAUGAAGAAGAGCCAUAGGAGCUCUGUGGCAGCUCUCACCUGUCAUUUGUGUUAGUUUACUAUAGCCAAGAAACCGUGAGGAGAUGCAUUUGAACCUGUUAGCUGCGAUUAGCUUGCAUGCUGCGUUCGUCCGUUGAACUUUAUGGAGAUCUAAGUUCAAGAGGAGAAAAUGUUUGGGAGGACGGAGAGAAACUGCUGCAGUGAGAGGACAUGUAGAGUUUUUCUUUAAAGUCGUAUUCAUUUCCAAAUAAUAACUCGUUUUACAGCUGUAAUCCGGCCGCAUAACUCCUUGAAACCUUGAUAUUUUUGUUCAUGCCUAACAACAAAAAAAAUGUUUGUUUUUUUUACUUUACUGUACUAAUGUUUGUGUUUAAAAUGCAUCUUCUUAUAAAAUAAAGUAAUAAACUCAAACUCUCA